AUGAUAUCAAAACUCCGUAUUUCACCGGACCAAUAUAUCCCUUGACCUAAACCCUAUACAGCGACACAAACAUACGCUUCAAUUGCUGUUCUCAAUCAAGCCCUCCGAUCGUUGCCUCCUCAAGCAAGCCCUCCCAUGUGAAGCCACCGGCCGGAGACCGUCGCACCAAACAGCUAAGUUUGCUCGCAUAUGUGUUUGUGCUUCGAUUUUCAAUUGAACCCAUCUGCCCCUCCAGAUCCUUCCAGUUACUGUGGGAAUUGCAUCGAAUUAUGUUGUACAAAAUACAUGAAUUUUCUCUUUGGCAUCCCCAUCAAUUGGUUUAUCAAACAUGACUUCCUUAACUCCAUGAUGAUUUCCUGAACUCAUAUUACGGUUGAAUGGACUGAUCCAUAUUAUGUAGACUGCAUUAUUAUCUGAUGUUAAACCUUUUUUUGUUUUUUUUAAGAAACAGAUUCAUAAAGAAAGUCCAAAGAUGUUACAAAACGUACCUCACCAGAUGAUACAAUCUCCUGCUAGGCUAGGCCUCCCAAACCCUAAUUCACCAUCUUUACAAACCCCAGCCCCUCCAAAAUUCACCUCACAAAUCCCACAAUCACACCCACCUAACCUCCACCCAAAUCUACAAACAACCCCCACCUCCCUAACCCUCCUCCCCCUCCUUCCACCACUACAAAGAGCCCAAUCAAUUCUCUUAAGAAUGUCAUCCCUCACAACAAAACUCUUUGAUGUCUCCCCAAACCAAACCCAAUGGCUCACCUCAUUCCGCGGUUCGUUUCCCACAUUCCUUUCCACCCAAACCCAAGCCCCAACCGAUUCCAUUCCCACCACCACAAAAGAAAUCAUCUCCCUCUUUACAACCCUUCAAUCCCAACUCUUCGAAUCCGUAACUGAACUCCAAGAAAUCCUCGACCUCCAAGACGCCAAACAAAAAAUAACCCGCGAAAUCCGAUCCAAAGAUUCCGCAAUUCUCGCAUUUGCUAACAAACUUAAAGAAUCCGAACGUGUUCUCGACAUGUUAGUCGAUGAUUAUUCCGAUUAUCGCCGUUUAAAAAGAUCCAAAGUUGAAGAAAGUGAAGAGGAUUCAAAUACAACAACGGUUGCCACACGUUUAAACUUAAAUGAUAUUUUAUCGUACGCGCAUAGAAUAAGUUACACGACGUUUGCUCCGCCUGAGUUUGGGGCCGGGACGGCCCCCUUGCGGGGGGCUUUGCCCCCCGCACCUCAAGAGGAGCAGAUGCGUGCUUCUCAGUUGUACUUAUUUGCUGACAUGGACGUGGGAUUACCUAAAUCUGAUAAAGAGAAAUUUACGAUUGAGCCCUUGGCUGAAAAUAUGUUGGAGGGUAAUAUGGCGAUUAAGGAUAUGCUUCCUACGAAUAUUGUGGUGCCGUCUGGGUGGAAGCCGGGGAUGCCUGUGCAGUUGCCAACGGAUCUACCGAUUCUUCCGCCGGCUGGAUGGAAGCCGGGGGACCCGGUGGCUUUGCCACCUUUGGACUCAGUUGCUGUUGCUCCUAGGAUGGAGGAGCAACAACAACCGGUUCAUGUUCCUGGGUUUGGGAAGGGACCACAACCGAUACAGGUUCGACAUGUGCAACUUGAUAUUGAUGAUGAUAGUGAUACCGAGUAUAGUAGCGAUGAUAGUUCUGAUGAUGAAGAUUGAUAUCCAGCUUGUAGUUUGUUUCAAUCAAUGUCAAGUUUAGAUUUUUCUUCUUAAAAAUGCUCAUUGUAUGUAAUAAUGUAUCAAGAAUUUGUGUUUUGUUGGUUGGUUGGAUGGAAUGGAAUGGAAUGGAUCUUUGAGUGUA